AUGGCAUUAGACCAAAUUGCUCGAAAUGACUUUUAUCUUCAAAACCAAUUAGGUAGUGGUGCUUUUGGUGUGGUUUACAAAGCAUUAUGGUUAUCAAGAAACUCUACUGUUGCAUGUAAAUGUAUUGAUAUAAACUCAAAUGUGAAUUCAACUGCUAACUCAACAGUACAGACGUUUCUUGCAGAAGUAGCAGGUUAUGCAAUAUGCCGUGGCCCAUUUAUUUUAUCUAUGUAUGGUUGGUCUUAUGAAAACCUAUCACCAAAUCGCUUGCGUCUUUUAAUUAUUAUGGAAUAUAUGCCAAAAGGAAGUUUAACAAAACUUUUACAACAAGAAUAUAAUCGUUUAACAAAUAGAAGAAAAAUUUCAAUUGCUUGUGAUAUAGCAUCAGGUAUGCAUCGCAUUCAUCGGCAUGGUAUGAUUCAUCGUGACAUACGUCCAGACAAUAUUUUGAUUGACAAUAAUUAUAGAGCUAAAAUAGGUGAUAUGGGUAUAUCACAAUCAUAUUAUCCUCAACUUUGCUUUAACAAUUCACCAAUGGGCUGCAUAUCUUAUAUGCCACCUGAAUUUUAUUGUAAUACAUAUAAUCAAACAUUAGAUGUAUUUACAUUUGGUUUAACAUUAAAUCAUUUAUUUACAGGCACAAAUCAUUAUUAUGAUUCAAACGCAAAAACAGUAAUAUUAACACAAAUAAGUCCUAUAUUUCCAAAUUUAAUUCGUUAUUGCUUAAAUCCAAACCCUAAUUAUCGUCCUCCAGCACAACUAAUAGAGCAUAUAUUGUAUGGAUAUCGUUCAUAUUUAGAAUGGAGAAUACAAUUCACUAAUCAAUAUCAUCAUUUAUCCAAAGAACAAAAAGAUUUCUUUUGUCUAUCAGUAUAUAGAGAAAAAAAUUUUGAUAUUAAUUAUCAAUGA